UUCGUUUGGGCGCGUGUGUGUUUGUUUACGUUGGAGAUGAGUGGACGUGAGAACGCGCGCACUAACGGUAGUCUUGUUACAGAGGAGUUUAUAGCGUUAGAGGAUUUUAGCGCUUCAGGAGCGGAGCAGUUGAGUUUCUCGGCCGGAGACGCACUUCUGGUCCAUGAGCAGGUCUCCGCGGACUGGUGGUGGGCCGAGCGCAGCGGCUGCUUUGGCUAUGUUCCCUCGACUUUCCUUCACCGCCGGGCCGAGGACGUGGAAGACGCCUGGCAGGACGAGGAGUAUUUCAGCAGCUAUGCAAAUCUGAAACUUCACCUGGAGAUGCUCUCUGACCGGCCGCGUACCGAAACCUACAGACAGGUCAUCGUGAGCAACAGCGCCUCCCUGAGGGGGAAAGUAGUGAUGGAUUUAGGAUGCGGUACCGGCAUCAUCAGCCUCUUCUGUGGCCGUUUGGCCAAACCUGCAGCUGUGUACGCUGUGGAGGCGAGCUCGGUGGCUGAACACACUGAGAAACUGGUGACUGUGUUUCGCUCCAGAGCUGAAGAUCUGACGCUUCCGUCCAAGGUGGACGUUCUGGUCUCAGAGUGGAUGGGGAACUGCCUACUGUUUGAGUUCAUGGUGGAGUCUGUGCUCCGGGUGCGGGACCGCUGGCUGAAGGACGGAGGCACGAUGUGGCCGUCCUCCGCCUCCCUGAGCCUCGUCCCCUGUCAGGCCCAGGAUGACUACAGCCAGAAAAUGGAAUUCUGGGAAAAUCUCUACGGCCUGGACUUCAGCUGUCUGCAGCCUGUUGCACAGGAGGAGUUCUUCUCCAAGCCAAAAUUCAGCCAUCAGCUUAACCAUGAUGACUGUCUCUCCACCCCGUGUGAUGUAAUCUCCCUGGACAUGCACACGCUCAGGGUGUCGGAUCUCGAGAAGCUGAGAGGAGAGUUCAGAUUCACUAUUGAAAGAUCUGGAACACUACAUGGCUUCACCGCCUGGUUCAGCACCUUUUUCCGUAGUUUAGACGAAGGAGGAUCAACGCUGGAGCUCAACACCGGACCGCACGCCGAGUCGACUCACUGGAAGCAGACUCUGUUCAUGUUGGACAGACCAAUCAGAGUUGAGGAAGGUGACUGUGUGGGCGGGGCCAUCACGCUACAAAGAAAUCCCAUUUGGAGGCGGCACAUGUCAAUCACUAUAGAGUGGAGUACGAAGAGGAAAAACGAUACGGCUUUCUCUGAGAAAAUGUCAAAGCGUUUCCCGAUGUGGAGGUGACCCUCAGCGCUGACACACACCCACUGGACUGUGUUCACUUUUAUUAUUUUUACUCCUUUAGUCGUCAAACUACCAUUUUGUAAUCUUGAUAUUGACUCAGUCAAUACACAAAUACACUUCUCUAACGUGUGUAACGUGUCAUCAUGUGUUCUCUUUAAAUGCUGAUAAAUAUUAAAUAUGAACAAACAUUACUGUAGUAACAAUAAACCAAACAUAUUUUAUUUCCAUUAGCUUUUACACAUUUAGUAAAUCAGGGCCUGAAUAUUUGGGAAUCUCUAUGAUGACUCCAAUGUCAAGAAGUUACAGCUUUACUUUAGACUGUCAUCAUGUGUUGACACUGAAAACUGCUCCUUAAAACAAUGUUAAAUCAACAAAAAUAACUACAUAAAUUAUUAUUAUACAUUUUUAAAUCCAUUUAGACAAACCAUCCAACAUGUGCAUCAGCUGUUACUAUAGAAACAAUAACAUUAAAACAAGUACAUGUAACGAUGUAAACCUGCACUACAGCCAAGGAUGCAAAACUUAUAAAAACCUUUUGACCAAUCAGAAUUGAGAAUUCAAUUUCAUAUGUAGAUCUGCUAAUCUUUCUUUUAAAAUCGUCCUUAGGGUUCAUGACAUUGUAGUGACGGCAAAUAUGAGGGACUAGCCGAGACAUAAUUAUCACAUUGCUAAUGUGCUAAUUUGAUUUGUAUUGCGAAGUACAAUUUUAGAAAUAUCCUAAUUCAAUAUUAUUUAAUUCUACAAUUCAACAGAAACUUAGCAAAUAAUUCGCUCCUCCCAAACAGGAUGCCGUGCUGGCUGCCAAUAUGUGAACUGCCA